CAAGUCAAAGCAAACAUGCAGAAAUUCACAUUAAACACGAGUCAUCAGGGACCGACUCACACUUUGACCCCGCCGUCAAUACCACCACCCCCUCACAGAGACACAGAGACAGAUACAGAGACGGGGACGGAGACGGAGAGACAGACUGAGGACGGACUAUUACGGUUCUGUUUGCUGCAGAUCUGGAUCAUGGUGGAACCGACUGUGAAACCAGCUGCUGUUCUGCUGCUGCUUCUGCUGCACGACUGUCUGGCAGAACAUGUCUUCCUGGACAGCCAGGUGGCGUCUCAGGUGUUGGUGAGGAACCCUCGGGCCAAUAAGCUGUUUGAGGAGCUGAAACCAGGUAACCUGGAGAGAGAGUGUGUGGAGGAAAUCUGCGACCACGAAGAAGCCAGAGAGGUUUUCGAACAGCCGGACAAAACAGAGGACUUCUGGGAGAAAUAUCAGGACUGUCAUGGAACUCAGCUACCGAGGACACAAGACAACAUCAUCAUCAUCAGGCAGUGUACAGGAGGUCACUGUAUUUCCGGUAUAGGUGUGAAAUAUGAAGGAGAAAUCAACAUCACACAGUCAGGGAGACAGUGUCAAUACUGGACACACAGCUUCCCACAUCCCAUAAUAAGGGAGUACAACGCUUCAGAGCCAAACAGCAUCCUUAAAAACAACUUCUGUCGAAACCCCAACAACAGUCCGGAGGGACCCUGGUGCUUCACCACAGAUCCAACAGUCCAGAAAGAGACCUGCAGGGUACCCACAUGUGGUGAGGACUUUGUCCCAACCACGUUGGCCCCUGAAGAAGUCAAAACCGGUGACUGUUUACCCAAUAAUGGUCUGGACUAUGUCGGGGACCUGGCGGUCACCCUGGGAGGACACACCUGUCUUCAGUGGUCCUCUCCAGAGGCCAAGGCCCUCAGCAUUGACAAGGAGUUCAUCCCUGAGGUCAGUCUGCCCAGCAACAAGUGCCGCAACCCCGACAACGACCCCGAGGGCCCCUGGUGCUACGUGGAGGUUUCUGGGAACAUGACCAUCGACUACUGCGACCUGGAGUUGUGUGAGGAUUCACUGUUUGAUGACACUCUGAGCACAGAGACAGAGGGACAGGAGCGCUCCGUCCUGACUACGGCAAAAAAAACAUUUUUCCACCCUCGGACUUUUGGACAAGGAGAGGCCGUAUGUGGAGAGCGUCCUUUGUUUGAAAAGGUAAAUAAAAAGGACAACAAGGAGGCAGAGCUUCUGGAGUCAUACCGAGAGCAACGCAUCGUCGGGGGCGAUGACGCCGAGGUCGCCUCAGCACCAUGGCAGGUGAUGCUCUACAAGCGUUUCCCUCAGGAGCUGCUCUGUGGAGCCAGUCUGAUCAGUGACGAGUGGAUUCUUACCGCUGCUCACUGCAUCCUCUACCCGCCCUGGAACAAGAACUUCACCGCCACCGACAUACUGGUCCGACUGGGAAAACACAACCGGGCAAAAUUCGAGCGCGGCACCGAGAAGAUCGUGGCCAUCAGUGAGAUCAUCGUCCAUCCGAGAUACAACUGGCAGACCAACCUGAACCGGGACAUCGCCCUGCUGCAUCUGAGACGCCCCGUCAUCUUCACAGACCAGAUCCACCCGGUCUGCCUGCCCAGCAGGAAGAUCGCUAAGGCUCUGAUGACGGAGGGCUAUAAAGGACGGGUGUCUGGCUGGGGGAACCUGCAGGAGGCCUGGAGUCCCUCGGCCAGAAACUUACCCACAGUCCUCCAGCAGAUCCAGCUGCCAAUUGUAGAGCAGGACACCUGCCGCGCAUCCACGUCCGUCAAGAUUACAAACAACAUGUUUUGUGCUGGUUAUAAGCCGGAGGAGGCCCAGCGUGGAGACGCCUGUGAGGGGGACAGCGGUGGACCGUUUGUGAUGAAGUAUCCAGCAGAUAACCGCUGGUAUCAGAUGGGCAUCGUGUCGUGGGGCGAAGGCUGCGACAGAGACGGAAAGUACGGCUUCUACACUCACGUGUUCAGGAUGAGCAAGUGGAUGAGGAAAGUCAUCGAAAGGUCGGGCGACGACGAUGACGAGUAGACACGUUUGUUGCUGUGGAGCAUCAGAGUGCUAAUAAAGUUUGUCUGGUCUGAAUAAAGAUUGUGUGACUGAUAAA